AUGCCGCGCGUUCGGUAUAAUGUUGCCACUACCCUCGAUGGCUUCAUCGCCUCGCCGGAUGGCUCAACUACAUGGAUUCUUGACGACCCAUCCAUUGACUUCACCGCCCUUUACAAUGAAUUUUCAUGUCUCGUCAUGGGCCGCAAGACAUACGAAGUAAUGCUUCAUCACGGCGAGACAUCCGGUGCCAACAUUCUUGCCGGUCACCAUGUCAUCGUCAUAAGCAAGACAUUGAAGCAAGAAGAUUAUCCCGACAUUGAAAUCGUCAGAGAUGGCUACAUAGAUAUGGUCAGAAACCUCAAGUCUGGCCAGGGCAAAGAUAUCUGGCUGAUGGGCGGUAGCCGUCUUGCCAGUGAGUUCCUCGCAGCUGGGCUGCUGGACGCUGUUGAGACAGCUGUCAUGCCAGCCAUUAUCGGCAGAGGCAUCAAGAUGAUAUCGCAGGAGACUGAAAAUGAAGACUUUUGGAAGAUAGAUAUCUGCCUAAGGUACCUAAGGUAA